AUGACCUCCUCUUCGGCUCUUGUAGCACUGCUCGUCGUCGGCUGCGCCGCUGUGGCCUCGGCGAUGGAAUUGACGUUCUACGUCGGCGACGCCAAGGGGUGGACGACUGGUGUUGAUUACACAGCCUGGGCGAAGGGCCAAGCCAUCGAGGCUAAAGACACGCUUGUGUUCAGAUACGAUAGGAAUCAGCACACGGUGACAGAAGUGACCAAGAGCAACUACGACGCGUGCGCCGUCAGCGCCACGCCGGUCAGCGACUUCCGAAGCGGGCUGACGAUAUUCUCGGACCUCAAGGCCGGCACGAGUCGCUACUUCAUCUGCACCGUCGGCAACCACUGCGCCGGCGGCAUGAAGCUCGCCGUCGCGGUCUCCAACUCCAGCUCCGGCGACGUCCCCAGGGCGCAGCCCUGGUCACCCCCUCGUUCCACCGGCGGCGCGUCCGCGCACCUGCACGCCGGUAAUGCCGUCGCCGCGGCCGCCGUUGGGGUCCUCGUCAAGCUCGCGCUCUUCUGAUUGGAGCGACACGUCGAGCGGCCGGCCUGGCUGCACGUACGACUGCGUGAGAAAGUUUGGGACUUUGAACAGGAUAGAGGCAGUGCAUGAUUCUUGUAGCGUUUGUAAUGAAAUUAGCGUUUGUAAUGAAAUUUGUUUGAUUAUUUUUCGCCCGAUCGUGUGUGUUAUAGUGAUUGGUGGUCUUGUGAUUUGUUUUCUCCCUAUAUUGAUUUGUAUAUCCGUUGAUACUAUGUUUCUAUUGCAUAAG